GGGGAGGAUUCUUCUCCCACAGCUCUUGGAUACAUGGGCGGGACAUCCUGGAAACCAGACUCCCGUGCAGAGAUUUUUUGUUCACUGAAAACAGAGUUUGCUUGAAUCCUGCAACUUUUUCACAAAAUUCUGUUGGCAUCAGAAAAGCAUACAUCGUUUAAAUUGAAUUUGGAAGCACAUUUGCAGCAAGUGGUGGAAUUGCUGAACGAGCCAAAUAAGGUGUUCACUUAUAGACUCUUUACCAUGUGGCUAAAUGUGAUAGCAGUGGCAUUCUUGGCUACCUCGGCGUCGGCUGCCACAGCUGCUUCUCCCGACAAAGUCCUCAGUAAACAUGCCACCACAAUGGCUGACAACAGUGCCAACUUGGCUUUCAAUCUUUACCAACACAUGGCAAAGGAGAAGAAUGUUGAAAACAUCCUGGUUUCUCCUGUUGUGGUGGCAUCCUCUCUGGGUUUGAUGGCUCUUGGGGGAAAGGCCUCGACAGCCUCACAGGUCAAAACUGUUUUGAAUGCAGCGAAAGUGCCAGAUGAGCAGCUGCAUUCUGGUUUGGCCGAGCUUUUGACUGAGGUGAGUGACCCCAAGACCCGCAAUGUUACCUGGCAGAUGAGCAACCGUCUGUAUGGACCCAGCAGUGUAAACUUUGUGGAUGCUUUUGUGAAGAGCAGCAAAAAACACUAUGAUUGUGACGCUGCAAAAAUCAACUUCAAAGAUAAGAAAAGUGCUCUGAAUUCCAUCAAUGAAUGGGCUGCAAAGUCCACUGAUGGCAAAGUGCCUGAGGUCACAAAAGAUAUAGCCAAGAGUGAUGGUGCAAUGAUCAUCAACGCUAUGUUUUUCAAACCUCACUGGGACGAGGAAUUUCAUCAUAAAAUGGUGGAUAACCGCGGAUUCAUGGUCUCACAUAGCUAUACUGUCUCCAUAGAGAUGAUGCACCGCACGGGUAUAUAUGGCUUCUACGAGGACAAAACCAAUAAGGUGACCAUUCUGAGCAUGCCACUGGCUCUUAAGAAGUCUAGUCUGGUGUUCAUCAUGCCUAACCAAGUCGACAGUCUGGACGGAGUGGAGAAGAUGUUGACCAAGAAGCAGCUGGAUUCUUGGAUGAGUAAGCUGCAACAGACGGCAGUGGCUGUGUCUCUGCCAAAAGUCAGCAUGGAAGUCAGUCACAAUUUAGAGAAACAUCUUGAAAAGUUGGGUCUGACAGAGGUGGUCAACAAAUCCAAAGCAGACUUGUCCAAAAUCUCUGGGAAAAAGGACCUCUACCUAUCCAGCGUCUUUCAUGCAGCAACCAUAGAGUUAGCCACAGAAGGAAAUGAGAUGGACACUUCCAUCUUUAACACAGAUAAACUGAAGUCACCCAAACUGUUCUAUGCAGAUCAUCCUUUCAUUUUCUUGGUGAAGGACCAGAAGACGAACUCCAUCCUGUUUAUUGGCAGGCUGGUCAGGCCAAAGGGUGAAAAGAUGAGAGACGAAUUAUAACCACAUAUUGACGUGUGCGUGCGCUGUGAGAGAGAAAGUGUGAGUGAGGGAAAAAAAUGGAUGUUUGCUAGUUAUACUUUGAGUACAUUCCUGUCACACACUGAUACCGUUCCACUAGAAUUUGAAGAGGGAUGUAUUUUUUAGAGCAUCAAUUAAGGCUGUAUGAUUUGGUGUAUCAGUUGUUGAAUGAAAAAUCACUUGAAUCUAAUGGAAACAGGGAGAGGACCUCUGAGUGUGCCAGCCUAAUAUGGUUUCCGAUGUGUGGUCAUGAAUUUUUUUUUUAAGGGUUUUACCCAGAUAAGAAAAGUGUUUUGUGUCCAGGAUGACUGCUCAACAUUGGUUUGACAUGCGCUAUCCUUGACAAAUACAAAUGGAAUUUUCAAAAGACAAUGAAAAUUGUGUUGUUUCUUUUGACUUUUCAAUUAGUAUAGAACGUAUUUGUUGAUGUGUGGUGCUGGUAUGUUACGUAGUUGCAAUUCAUCCAAGGGUCUUUAUGUUUGUAGUCAAGGUUAACAGUUGACAUGCUUGUGGAAUGCAGGCUUUCUUUGGAAUUUAAAUAAAACCUUGAAAUACAUUUGAGGGGAAAUUGCAUACCCUUGGGAUAUUUCUAUUCGAGCAAGUUUUUCAAUAGUGUAAAAUAUGUGGUGUGCACAUAUGUUACAUUAACAUGUAGUGGCCAAUCAGUCAAUUGAAAAUGUUUAUUUACAUUGAUAACAAACAGAAAUUGACAUGGGAGAAGGGUCUUUGUGAGUCAGCAAUUACUUUUUUCCCCUCAUUUUGCUUGACCUGUUCCCAAAAAGAUAUUGCAUGAUUGUUACAUGACGCCAUUGAACGCAAUAUUAUAUAUGAAUGAGCUAACAGAGGCAAAGAAGGGUAGGCUACAGACAGGCAUGUGUACAGGUAGGCUCCCGGUGAUCAUUUGGCACUAGCGCUUUUGAUCCCUGCGAGAAAAGUACCCUUUUGCCGGUGGCAAAUUUUCUCACAGGGGCGGCCACUUAAAAUUUGGGAAAUCUGUCACUUUAAGGAAAUGCAUACUGAUGUACAUUGGUUUAUUGUGUUAUAUUUAAUUUGACUAAUUAACACUAGAAGUAUCACGGGUGUCCCAUUUUGGGACAUCCUGGGGUCAUACGCUCCCAAGCCGAACCUAGCCUUUGUUUUGUAAAUGGGGCCAUUACUUAUGCACCGCCGGCCGCAUUCCAUUUCUAUUUUUCUUCCCCCACCCCUUGGCCCUUCAAACGAAGCAAUAAGGGGUAGGGCUUGAAACGUCAGCCCUACGAAUUGGGACACUUCUUCACACUCACGUACGUAAUAAGUCCGUUCAGCCAGUUGUUACGUAACCAAAAGCGACGAUAAAAAGUGCACUAAGUGCACUUGUGCGUUUAGCAAAACUGAAAACAAAACAAACAUUACAAAUGAAGAAACACAAUGAACAAUGAACUAACAUUACAAUUAGUGGUGUCGAUUUUUUAUUUAUUACACCCCUAAAUAGUGCACUUUUUAUCGUGAUUAAUCUUUUUUAACUAUUACUUUUCUGACUGAAGAAAACACAUUGAAAGUAGAUAAUACUGGUCAUCAGCUGUCAGAAUAUUAUUUGGAUGUAUCAAGCUUGUUUCAUUUAAUUUAAGCAAAGCAAACAAAACAAACACUUGUAACUAACGGAAGGGUCCACAACACAUGCACAUAGAUGUGGAGCACUAGUUCAGUUUAAUUUAAUUUGGUUUCAAAUUCAAUGUAAUAUUUACACCAUUGUAUGAAACCUGAAUGAUAGUGUGUUUCUGAACCAAGAGUGGUAUUUACUAAUCUUGCAUAUUUUUUCCAGCAAUUUCAUGUGUCGUGCUCUUCGUUUCACCACUGUUGCUUGGUGUGCUUAGUUGUAGUAUUUCUAAAUAUCUACGUAUAUGAAGGUAUAUCCACAGCAAAUUGUUAAUUUAUCUUUUUAUAAAUGUUUUAACAUGUAGAGGGUAUUCAAACAAAUACAUCCGAAUGAAUUAGAAUUAUUAAAAUACUGUUAUUAAAAUAUUCUCAGAAGUUUAGCAGUUUAGUGUCAAGUAAGAAAUAACAGUGUCUGA